AUGUCGGCGAGCCUUAUGAACAGAACCGUUUCUAGAACCGAAACCUUCUUUGCUUUCAGACUCUCACUCAACGUCCUGAGAAACUUCUCAACGCCGGCGGCGGCAUCUCCGGCCACUGAAAACCCUAACUCCGAUCCGACUAAACCUAAACGAACAAAGAAGAAGAACAUAAUCGAAGUGGCUCAGUUCUUAUCCAAUUAG